AGUUGAGAGAGAGUUUUCAUUAUGAUGACUCAUGGUUGAAAAGGAACAACAGUACUCUGUUAUUGAAGGCUUUUAAAGGUCACUUUUGUAGCUAUGGCGGCGGCGCACUUUAGCAGUGGAAGGAGGAUGGUGGAUGUGGUGCGCCUGUGGGUAUUGGUGUUCACGGUACUGCUACCAUGGUGUUAUGGUGGCAGAGUCAGCAUUUCUAGUCAAACGCUUGAUGUUCACAAGUACUUGGAGCGCUUGAACAAGCCUCCCCUCAAAUCCAUCAAGAGCCCAGAUGGAGAUAUAAUAGAUUGUGUUCAUGUCUCUCACCAGCCAGCUUUGGACCAUCCUUUUCUCAAGAACCACACCAUUCAGAUGAGGCCAAAUUACCACCCAGAAGGGCUAUUUGAUGUGAACAAGGUGUCCAUUCCAAAGUCUAAUGAAGGAAUUUCAAAGCCACUUACUCAGUUAUGGCACUUGAAUGGAAAGUGCCCUGAAGGAACUAUUCCAAUCAGAAGAACAAAAAAGGAGGAUGUACUUAGAGCUAGUUCUAUCAAGAGUUUUGGAAAGAAGCAACAUAGAACCAUCCCUGAACCACCAAGGAAUGCUCAACCUGACCUCAUCAAUCAAGGUGGUCACCAGCAUGCAAUAGCUUAUGUUGAAGGAGACAAGUUCUAUGGAGCAAAGGGAACUAUGAAUGUUUGGGAACCCAGAAUCCAGCAGCCUAAUGAAUUCAGCUUGUCUCAACUCUGGAUCUUGGGAGGUUCUUUUGCUUCAGACCUUAACAGCAUUGAAGCUGGUUGGCAGGUCAGCCCAGACUUAUAUGGAGAUAACAACACCAGACUUUUCACCUACUGGACUGUGAGUCUUCAUUUUUUUCCCCAACAUUCUUCUCUCAAGAUUAAUCUUUUGUUCAUAGUUUUACCAUAUAUGUAUACUCACAUUGGUUUAAAACUCACACCAUAGGGGGCCCUGCACAAU